AUGUACAUUGUAGUGCUAUCAUUGUUUGCAUUUGUCUCGAUACAAUCUGCAGCAAUUAUUAAGUCAAAUGUGAACGCAAACUCACCGAGAACACUUCUCGCUAUACUAAACUCCAAUGUAAUGAACCAGGAUAACCGCAAUACAUGGGUCAAUGCGGCCAUCAAUAAAUUCAAGUUUAAUUUCGAAAAAUUGCAACCUGCUCAAAUACCCGAGGCUCAACUAUACACGUAUACCAGUGGGACCCCGGUGCAAACACAAAACUGGGAGCCGGCUAAAAACUUAAAAUACAUAUCAUUUUCGCAUGAUACACCCCAGCACAUUAAUUUUGAGACCCUAUUGUCAAACGGUAACACAAUGUUCAAUGGUAAGCAAGGUGGCGGUGUAUACACCAUACUGAUAGGUGGUCAUAGUGUGGACCCGGCUAAUACAUUGGCCAAGGUAGAAUCACUGGCUAAUGAGCUCAAACAAAAGCAAGUCAAGAUAAAUAUCGUGGAGUUUCCCACAAUCUCGCAAAACCGAGAUUUUGCCCUGAGCCUAUUUAACAAAGCAGCUACUGUUACCGGUGGCAGUGUGUCACACGCUGAGGAGCAUGGUAAAUCAUUUGCCACGGCCCUGGACCUAAUUCACGGACUGGACGCUAAUGUAAAACUGUACCGGCCCAUUGCCGAAAAGGUCAUUGAUGAUUUACGACCCAAAGCUGUGGACAUGGCGUUUACGGUCGACGCCUCGCUCAUCAACGCAACCAUCCGGGCCUUUUGGAUACAGUCGGGUAACGACGCCUUUACCGGAAAUUCAGUUCAACUGCACCCGCCUAAGGGCACGGCUAAGGUCGACUCACUAGACCAGGUGCCCGACUAUAAGAUUGACGGCCUGUCCACUCAUUUGAAUAGCCAGGAGUUCAUAGGUCAAUGGCAUUUUGUGGCCAAAACAAUUGAUACACCAGAGUCACUUAUUGGCAUAGUGGAAGUGGUCCUGUAGUUUAUACGAUAUAAACUAUAUAAUUUAUCUAGCAAUUAAUAUUCCAAAUUAAAAACUAAACAAGUCAAUUAAUUAAUUAAUAUAUGAAUAAAAUACUGC